AUGAUCUAUCCACCUCUUUCUUCUUCCUGAAGCCCUAUUAAUCGUUAUUUCUGUCGCCUUAUCCUCUCCUCGUUCCGGCCACUAGGGCGAUCAACCGAAGCUCAGAUCUGUUCUAUACCCUUCUCGGAGGUGCUCUAAUGGCAGCAGCGAUACCUACAGUUUCCUCUUUCUCUAUAACCUCACCCUAUUCCUUUAACAGCACUUCCCCAUCAUCUCCAGCGACUGCUUCCACUCUUCCGAGAGCUUUUUUUCUCUCCAGAUUCGUAGCCCCUCACUGGAAGCCCUCGCUUAUGAUGUCUACUUUUCGUCGUAGGCAUGAUUUCUCGGUCUUCUGUCAGCAGCAGCAGCAAUUACCAGCCAUUCCCAGCGAGCAGCGGUGGAUGUUCGAAGAUUCCGAAAUCAAUGGCCCUGAUAUCUGGAACAAAACUUGGUAUCCAAAGGCAGCAGAUCAUAUUAGCACCAAGAAGACGUGGUAUAUAGUGGAUGCAACUGAUAAGAUCCUGGGAAGGAUGGCUUCGGCCAUUGCAGUGCAUAUAAGAGGAAAGAACCUUGCAACUUAUACUCCUAGCGUCGACAUGGGGGCUUAUGUAAUUGUGGUUAAUGCAGAGAAAGUUGCAGUUUCUGGUAAGAAGCGGACGCAGAAGCUUUACAGGCGGCAUUCUGGAAGGCCAGGUGGUCUGAAGGUAGAAACAUUUGAUCAACUACAGAAUAGAAUUCCAGAGAGAAUAAUUGAGCAUGCUGUCCGGGGCAUGCUUCCUAAGGGGAGGCUGGGAAGGACUUUGUUUACCCACCUCAAGGUGUACGAAGGGCCAAGCCACCCACAUGAGGCACAACAACCAAUUCCCCUUCCAAUAAGGGACAAGAGAAUGCAAUUGGAGAAGUAAAUCAUUUCUGGCUAACUUAUGCUCAUGAUUUUCCUUGAAUUUUCUUACUUUUGUUCUUGAUUUUUUUCCAUAUUAGUAAGUGACCAGUGAGCCAACCUUUUGAUGUACUUAAUUUGGGCAAGAAAUGCUUCUCCGGUCUCCAUUU